CCAUAUAAUAAGAUAAGAAAAUAGAAUAGUUCGUUGGUUUCAGAGAGGUAUCUAGUAAUUGACACAAGAAUAGGCAAGAAGACAAAGAUGGCAAAGCCCCCAAUUCCUCUCUCAGAGAGCUUUGCUUCCAAUUCCAGAGCAACAAUUUCCAAAGGCAUUCCUGAAGAACACUUGAACCAACUGCUGAGGUUUCUUGAAAGAGUGGGGAUCUCUGGCAAUGUCCCAGAUUAUUGCAAUACCGAAGACUUCUAUUCUGACCUCAUUGGUGGCAUCCUCAAGCCCCUGACAGUCCUACGAGGCCGCAUCACUUGCUUGGUCUCUGUAAAACCUGCUGUUACUAAUAAAUUUGGAGGAUUUCAUGGAGGAGCUAUUGCUGCUGUUGCUGAGGCUGUGUCGUUUGCUACUGCAAGAACAGUCGUGGCUGAGGAUAAGGAGCUUUUUCUAGGGGAACUAAGCAUCUCUUACCUCUCUUCUGCACCAAAGAAUGCAGAGGUGAUAAUUGAUGGAUCUGUAGUGCGGAGUGGGAGAAACUUAACUGUGGUAGCACUGGAGUUCAAGCUGAAGAAAACUGGGAACUUGAUGUACACUGCUCGUGCUACCUUAUAUCACAUGCCCGUCUCGAAAUUGUGAAUUUGGAGAUUGUAGUUGUUGGGGUUACCUUGGUUGUCAUAUCACGGAAACAAUGUCAUAAAAACCAUAUGAAGUGUUGAACAUCCGCUCACGGAAACAAGUUGAGAUUAUUGAGAAUAACUAGUAGUAAUGAUAACAGAUCGGUCAUUUCCGGUGACCCCAAUUAGUGAGCAUUACGGUAACUAUAUUUGAGCAACCAGAUUAUGAGGGAACGCUAGCGAUAGCUGCGAUACUAUAACAAGGUUUUUAUCCUCCAGGACAUCAAUGUCCAUUAACUUAGAACAAUAUACGAAACUUCAAAUUUCUAUUAUAAUUGAGUUCA